UAACUGCACAAACUUGUAUAAUAUUAUUCCUAGAUAAUUUUUUUAUUGGAUGAUUAUAUUUUUCCUAGGGGAAUAACUCGUACUUUAGACUUUGAGCCACAUCCAAGGACUGCAUUACGAGUUUAUUUUCUUUACUAUCAGUGAUUUAGAAAUAAUUGAACAAUAUUUUUGCAUAGUAUUAAUAUUUUAUAUUGAAAAAAAAUGGCUCGUGUGCUUGUAGGUGUAAAAAGAGUAAUCGAUUAUGCAGUGAGGAUUCGUGUCAAACCAGAUAAGACUGGAGUAGUUACAGAUGGUAUAAAACACUCGAUGAAUCCUUUCGAUGAAAUAGCUAUAGAAGAGGCAGUCAGAAUGAAAGAAAAGAAAAUAGCUCAGGAGGUGAUAGCAGUCAGCUGUGGACCAACACAAUCACAAGAUACAAUCAGAACUGCGCUUGCCAUGGGUGCAGAUCGUGGAAUUCACGUAGAAAUAUCUGGUCCUGAAUAUCAGACGUUGCAGCCUAUUCAUAUUUCAAAAAUACUGGCCAAGUUGGCCCAAGAUGAGAAAGUGAAUUUAGUGAUACUUGGUAAACAAGCCAUAGAUGAUGAUAACAAUCAAACUGCUCAAAUGACCGCUGGUGUCUUGGAUUGGCCAUCUGGAACAUUUUGCAGCAAGGUUGAGAAUAGUAAUGGUGAAUUAACCAUUACACGUGAAAUCGAUGGUGGAUUGGAAGUCGUUAAGAUGAAAACUCCUGCAGUAUUGAGUGCAGAUCUUCGUCUGAACGAACCACGUUAUGCAACUUUGCCAAAUAUUAUGAAAGCCAAGAAAAAGCCUAUUAAAAAGAUUACUCCGAAAGAUCUUGGAGUAGAUAUUGCACCGAGAAUUGAAGUACUCUCCGUAGAAGACCCACCAGUUAGACAGGCUGGUGCUAUAUUACCAGAUGUUGAUACCUUGAUAACUAAACUGAAAGAAAGUGGUCAUGUUUAGUUAAAUUAUCAGGAAUAAUCAUAAGAAGUACUUUCGUAAGGAGGUACUCAAGUAAGAAGAAUAAAAAUUAUUUUUAAUCUUUGUCAUAUUUUGAUAACUUUUUUUGUAUAUAGUACAAUCGUUUUGUACAUUAUCAGAAAUUGUAUAUGAUAUAUAUUUCAAUAAAUUUGUACCGCGUA